UGUUAUUGCCAGAGCUGCAGCUGACUGUGAGUGGUUGCAGACGAGUCUUUGAGGGAACCAUUUCCAAGGCAACAAGAUCCCAAGUUCCCUGCACACAGCCGCAAUAAUAAUCUUUAUUUACAGCACGGUCGUCAGCCACCGCGGGCUGUUUGAAUCACAUCCAUCAUUUUAGCUCCUCCCCUUUUAGGUCAAGAUUUGAACACCAGUUUGGUGACGCUGUCGAGUACCUGAAAGGACCAGGCUCUUUAUGACAUCAUACAGAUCCAAAAGAGAAAAACUGUGAGAAAGUGAGCGUCUGCAGCUUUGGUUCUCACUUUGAUUACUUGUACUUACACUGAUGCACUUAUUUGAAACUUUCACGAUAUUUAAGCUGAACAUCGUCCACAGGAACAGGAGAUCUAUGACAGGAAAUAAAGGAAAGCGUGUUCUUUUCUGCAACAUAUUUGAACUUGGCUGUGACUUUGUUCCUCCAGGCGUCUCUUUAAGCACGUCUCUCAGUUUUCACGUCUGUGAUGGCGCUGCAGUCAGACGUGUGAAUGGACUCUGCAGGUGACCUCAGGCUGUCAGACCCUGAGAGUUGGUUUCAGUGAGGUGUGAAAGCUGAGCGAUGAAGAGUCCAGAUCACGGCUGGGAGGUGUUGCUGCACCGUUCAGCCACAACACUGAAUGUUAUUUAUUAUGUGCUGAUUUGAGGAGAACGACUCGGAGGUAGCCAUCGUCCCUCAUUGUUCCAUCACUGAGUGUAAUGUCCACUCCCAGUUCAUGGCGAGCUUGAUCCUGGUUGGUUCCUGAACAUCAUAACUAUUUUCCUCUCAUUUCACAGUGACAGGGCUGGACUUCUUCCAGACCUCGGCAAAGGGACGUGACAUCAGGAUAACCUGUAGUUGUGUAAAUCUGCACUUCUCCUUCACUGAGUUGGUUGGACUUUGUUCGGAGUGCCGGUCAAUCCAACAAAUUAAUCGUAAUUAAAAGAUUUGAGUGAGUGUAGAUGAAGCCGUGUGAUGCUUUUGUGUGGAUUAGCAAAAGUCCAAACACACAUCAGAACUGGUUUUGGUGUGGACGACGCAGCUUCAGAAUGUCUUUGAAUGUGGUCCAUCCCAGGAAACCAAGCAAUUCACAUGAAGUCCACCACUUUUGCCAAGAGGAGCAGUCAGAUAUCAGCCUGAGUUCAUGUUCAUAGCUGCCAACAACACUGUGCUCGAGGUGCAGCCUGCUCAGAGACAUUUCUACAAAUAUGAACGAUUUAUCUGAGCCUGCAUCCACCCUGAGAAAACAACAGUGCAAAGACAUGAUUAAAAGCCCAACAUUACCCCAGCCUGAGAUGAGGGGAUGGAAACUUCUGGCCACAACUGUAUCUCCAAUCGAUGACAUCAUACAGAUCCCAGAUAACAAAAAGAAAAAAAACCCACUACAAACUCUUAAACAUCCAGCAGUGGAUGAAGGUGUGUUGUUCUGUAAAGCUCAGUUUUAUGACUGUUAAAACUGACACACUCACAGACCUCUCUCUCUCUCCUCGGUGUCUCCGGCUGCUGAAUCUACUCCUUUGGAUGCUUUUUGGGGGGAGGAGCAACCCCGUCUCCUCUCAGAGCGAACCCUCUAUUGAUUCUCGCUCUCUCCGUGUUUGCCGUCGGUUCAGGAGGAACUCCGCUCAGCUUCUCUGAGACUCUCUGCUGAUGAUGGACGCUCGCGUCUUCACCCCGCUCAUCCUGACGCUGUGCAGCCUCAUCCACGGCUCUCUGCAGGGCGUGUACCAGCGGCGUCUCUACAAGGAGCUGAUGAAGAACUACAACCCGUUAGAGCGGCCGGUCAGCAAUGACUCCCACAGCCUGACCGUCCACUUCAGCUUCAGCCUGCUGCAGAUCAUGGACGUGGACGAGAAGAACCAGGUGCUGACCACCAACAUCUGGCUGCAGCUGUACUGGACAGAUUUCUACCUGCAGUGGAACACGUCCGAGUAUCCAGGUGUGACCAACGUCAGGUUCCCCGACAGCCAGAUCUGGAGGCCCGACAUCCUGCUGUACAACAGCGCUGAUGAAAGGUUCGAUGCUUCAUUCCACACCAACAUCCUGGUCAACUCCACAGGCUACUGCCAGUACCUGCCGCCAGGAAUAUUUAAGAGCACCUGUUACAUCGACGUCCGCUGGUUUCCCUUCGACGUGCAACGCUGUGACCUCAAGUUUGGCUCGUGGACGUACGGCGGCUGGUCUCUGGACCUGCAGAUGAUUGAGGCUGACAUCACCGGAUACAUCGCCAACGGAGAGUGGGACCUCGUGGAGGUUCCUGGGCGGAGGAACGAGCGUUUCUACGACUGCUGUAAGGAGCCGUACCCUGACGUGACCUUCACCGUGGUGAUGAGGAGGAGGACGCUCUACUACGGGCUCAACCUCCUCAUCCCCUGUGUCCUCAUCUCCACCCUCGCCCUCCUCGUCUUCCUGCUGCCCGCCGACUCCGGAGAGAAGAUCUCCCUGGGUAUCACCGUGCUGCUCUCUCUGACCGUCUUCAUGCUGCUCGUGGCCGAGAUCAUGCCGGCAACCUCAGACUCCGUUCCGCUCAUAGCGCAGUACUUUGCCACUACCAUGGUGAUUGUGGGUCUGUCGGUCAUCGCUACGGUCCUGGUUCUGCAGUAUCACCACCACGACCCCGACGGAGGACACAUGCCACAGUGGACUCGUGUGAUUUUGUUGAACUGGUGUGCCUGGUUCCUGAGGAUGCGCCGCCCCGGCGAAGCGAAGGUCCGUCCGGCGUGUCACAACGCCGCCAAGCGUCGGCGCGGCAGCCUGUCCAGCCUGGAGCUCAGCGUCAGCCAGGGCUCGCUGCGGCACAACCCACAGGUAAAUAACGGCAACCUCCUCUACGUCGGCUUCAGGGGUGUGGAAGGACUCCACUACGGAUCCCCCGCUGACCCUGAACUCCUGUGCUCGCGGCUCAUUGGAGGCGGCGUCGGUGCUGAGGAAGACGCGCUGAGAGCAGGAGGAGGGAUUGGAGCUGGAGGAAGAGCAGGGGGAGUGGCUGGGGGCUCGGCCUUGGAGACGGAGCUGAACCAGAUCCUGGAGGAGGUGAGAUACAUCGCCGGGCGUUUCCGCGGCCAAGACGAGGAGGAGACGGUCUGCAGCGAGUGGAAGUUCGCCGCGGCGGUGAUCGACCGGCUCUGCCUGGUGGCGUUCUCGCUCUUCACCAUCCUCUGCACCAUCGGGAUCCUCAUGUCCGCCCCCAACUUUGUGGAAGCCAUUUCCAAAGACUUCUUCAGCUAAGGAGGGAAGACAGGACGAACGAGUGUCUCUAUUUUUAUAUUUAUGGAGAAAUCUCACGUGCAAACCCAAACCAACGUCUUGGUCUCAGCGCUUUGACUUCCCUCACCGUGUCCUCGUAGAGACGAUUAUCCUUCAAAUCAGAAAUAUGUCAUUGCUGUACUUUUCUUUGUUCAGGACUGAACCUCUGUGGAUUCCCACUGUGACCUUUGGACAUUAACUUACAUCAAACACUUGUUCAGCCGCUCCAGACCUCAUUCUUGUUUCAGACUCCUCAGUUUAGUUCGUGAUGGCGGUUCUCCACCCGUGAUGGCGGUUCUCUGCGCGUGAUGGCGGUUCUCUGCGCGUGAUGGCGGUUCUCUGCCCGUGCUGGAGAAGCAGAAAAUCCAGGUUUAAAGAAACUGUUGAAAAAUAAUUAACCACACUCACAAAUCUGGACGUCUCUUUUGCUCCAAACUGAAACAGAAAUCUGGAUUUUUCUAGAACCAACUGAGGAUCCUGAUUGAAGAACUGAAUUAAGACUUUUUGAAAAGAUGUUCCUGAUUUGGUUUCAAGCAGCCUGUGCUUUGAAGCAAACAACUUUUUUUUGUAAUAUUAACUUUAUUUAAAAAGAAAAAGGUUAUCCCGACCUACCUUCCCUGUGUGGAAAAAGUAACUGCCCUACUCUUAAUACAUCAUGAAGUAACUGUGAUUAACCACAUUUCUGUAUAGCUGAGUUUCACUGCCACACCCAGGUCUGGUUCAGCCAGACCUGCUGAGUCAGAAAUCACUUCUAAAGAAGUUCAGUGAACCACAGUGAGAGCUGUUAUCCACACAUGGAGAAAACCUGGAACAGAGCUGAGCCGUGCCAGCAGUGACCGACCUUCCAAAAUUACUCCAAGAGCAUCCAAGUCAAAGUCUGGACUUCAAUCAGACUGAGGUGCGUCAGCGUGACCUUCAGCAGGCGUUCAUGCUGGAAAACCUCCAGUGUGUCUGAAUUCAAAUAAUCCUGAAAAGAAGAUAAAAUUCCUCCACAGUGAUGUGAAAGACUCCCUGAAUGGAUCACAAACAUGAGACUGCAGGUCUGCUGCCGAGGGUUGAACAGCCAGUUAUCAGAUUUAGGGGGCAGUUACUUUCGCACACAGGGCAGGAAGGUUUGAUAACUCUUGUCUUGGUUUAUCUUCAUUCAAUAUUAAAAAUAGUUUGUUGAUUGGAAACAUGUAAGUAUGACAAAUAUGCAAAAUAAUGUGGAAUGGGGAAAAUUCUUUCUCACAAACAUAGUUUAACCUGUCAACAUCCACCAGGUCACCAGGUGCAGGGUUAGACGUCCAAUGAAGUCUCAGAGAUUUCUUUAUCUGAGUGUGAUGGACAUAAUAAUAAUGUAUAUGUGUUACUUACUUUCUCUGCAUUUAACCCAUUCACCCAGUGGGCAGCCACCAAUGCAGCGCCUGGGGAGCAGUGUGUAGGGACGGUACCUUGCUCAGGGGUACCUCAGGGUAGCCGUUCAGUGGAGUCGAGCCCCCGCCCUUUCCAUCAUGGGGCAACCACUCCACCUACUGAGCUAUCCCUCCCCGCAACAUUAAACACAAACCAACCCUGGAUGGUUGACCAGUGACCUGGUGGAUGCUGUGAGAUGUGCAGUCUGCUGUGCUUGUAUCAUCUGUGCUCUUUCAGUCCAUUAAGCAUUAAAAUGAUCCUACAGCGAUAACGUUUCUGUACACCAGUGGACACCAUUGUUUUACUGCGUCUGCCUGUUCGUCUUUACUCCAAACACGAUGUUCGUCUGCAGUGUUUGUGAGGUCUUUUGUGCCAUCAUAGAUAUACACAGAAGCAUUAAAUGGACAGUGUCCUUGAAUGCAUCAUCGUUUCCACUAAGUUUCAGGAAGGAAAACAGCAUGCAACAACAAACAUGUAAGUAUAUAUGAAUU